AUGAUCCAAAGCCAUUUGAUGUGGCUUGCCCAUAUUAUUUCAGCGGUUGCUCUCACUAUAACCGCGACUGCUCAGACGACUUCCUCUCCAGCCCCGCUCUUGGGCUGUGAUGAGAACUUGAUUAAGGAUGUGGCUUUUGAAACUAUUAAUCUCGAUGGCAGUUUGUGGACUAUCCUGCCACCCAAGGGUGGUGUCGCCGUCGAUGGAUACCUGCAUUUGAGUGCCGAAGCUAUCCAAUCGCAGACCCUGCUGACCCAGGCAAUCACCGGCGCCGUUGCGGAAGAAAUUGUUGAUAGGACGGCUUGUGCCGUGAAUAUCCUACUCAAUGGAGCAGAUUUCGGCAGUAGUACUCUCACGGUCGGUUCCUGGAAGACCAUCUCCAAGCAAUGGACACCUGCUAGCUCAGAAGUCGAUAUGCUCAUAUUAAUUGAAUGCUCUGGUGCAAAGAUCUCGGGCACAACAGUGGAUUUGAACAAUAUCUCGUUCGAGAAGAUCUGUAGCUCAUCCACCUCGAGCAGCGCAUCGGUCCCUACCAAGACCCCAUCGGGCUCGCCUGUUGUCGACAGCACUCCGCUCGCUUCUUCUGCCUCCUCAUCUGGUCAUUCCAGCUCAGAGGGAUCGGGGUCUUCUUCACACAUCUCGCCAGCCUCGCCAAGUAGCACCGGCCCUAUCACCUUGACAAUUACUAUUACCGGGCCCGCAAACCCCACCUCCAGCGGUGCCAUCGCAUCCACCGCGCUGACAAUCCCUACGCCAGAUAUGACAACCUCUGCUGUCUUCACCACCCGCACUGCGACUAUCACAGCCUGUCCCUCGACUGUCAUUGAGUGCCCAGCCACCGACAAGACAACUCGCAUUACAACUGAGACUAUCCUCGUCUCGAUCACCGCCUGCCCUGUUGAAGACGCAACGACCACUACUAAGGGACCCAGCCCUACCAGUUCAUCUGGGAGUGGCAGCGGCAACGACUACAUUAUCUCAACAAUCCUCUCCACCAGAACCGUAGCCCUAACCCAAUGCCCGGCAACAGUGACCGGCUGCCCAGCCCGCGACCAGACAACACACGUCACGAUCGAGACCGUCGUUACUGGGACCACUGCGGUCCCCAUCAACACUGCCCUGUCCACCACAACACCUGGCGCAGCGCACACAUCGUUUAUUAUUGCUGGCACAGGCACCACUUUUACCGAGGGAGACGUCUCCACUGGAAACGAUGCCGGCCACCUAUCCAACCUACCCAGCAUCACACGCACUUGCGUCCACUCAGCCACGGCCAAGGCUUCGUCCAUCACAGCCUCCUCUCCUACUAGCGCGGGUGCAGGCGCAGGUUCUGGUUCUACUACCGACAGCAGCAGCCCAGCAAGUACGUCGCCCGUGUUCAACGGUGCUUCGUCGUUCAUUGUUUCCGGUGCUGUGUCUGCUCUUGGUGUUAUUGCGGCUCUCGCGCUUUUCCCUUGA